UCCGCUUCCGGGGCCGGGGCCGACGCGCACGUGCGGACGCAGAGCAGGCGGCGGCGGGCGCUCGGUUGAGGAAGCCCCUCCCGGGUGGGGGCGGCUCCGGGGCUCCCCCCUCGAGCGGCGCGACCCAGCCGCGGCCUGCCGGGGCGGAGAGGGGCCGGGCGCGGGACCUGCUGGACCGGAGCCGCCGCCUCUGAGCCGCCAUGGGGGAGUUCGAGGUGCACCGCGUGCGGCUCUUCGCCUUCCUGCCCGCCGGGGUCCGCUGCCUGUCCGCGAACCCCCCCGCUCGCCUGGCCGCCGGACACCUGGACGGCUCCGUCAAGAUAUACAACCUGCAGGCCAACAGCUUCCAGGAGAAGGUGAUCGCAGGCCACGAGACGAGGAUCCCCGAGGCUCUCUGCUGGGCUGGAGGAGACCGGCUCUUUGGCGUAGGCCUCAGCGGAGAGAUAGUCGAAUAUGACUUGGAAAAGCUGCGUGUCAGAUAUGCACUCGACGCCUUCGGAGGCCCCCUCUGGAGCAUGGCGACUGACCCGACCGGGUCUCAAUUAGCAGUUGGAUGUGAGGAUGGGUCCAUUAAGCUCUUCUGCAUCUUACCUGAAAAAAUCCAGUUUGAGAGGAGCUUGGACAGGCAAAAAGGCCGCAUCCUGUCCCUCUUCUGGCACCCAUCUGGGGCCAGGAUUGCUGCUGGCUCCAUCGACUUCAUCCGUGUCUUUGAUGUCAAAUCAGGCCACGCAGUCCAACGGCUUCUUGUGGACAGACACCUGACAGGCUCCCAUACCCGGGAGUGCAUAGUGUGGAGCGUGGCCUUCCUUUCGGAUGGCACCAUUGUCAGUGCGGAUUCUUCCGGGAAGGUGCAGUUCUGGGAUUCGGAGAUGGGGACGCUUCUCCAGACGUCUGUUGUCAGCAGCUCAGCUGUGCUGUCCUUGGCUGCGUCCGAGGCAGAAGACAGCAUUGUUGUUGGCACAUCAGAGGGGUCUGUGUACCAGUUCCAGCUGCUUCCGGUGAAGGCAGGCAGUGCCGUGCGCCAGUGGGUGCGGACGAAGCCAUUCCAGCACCACACGCAUGACGUGAGGGCUGUGGUGCAUAUGGCUACAGCACUCAUCUCUGGAGGACUGGACGGGCAGCUGGUGAUCCGGCCACUGAUGGAGAAGGUGGAGUCACGGAGCUAUGAGGCCGCUGUUCGGAAAGUCACCUUCCCUCACAGGUGCCUCGUUUCUUGUGCCAGGAAAGCCCGUCUCCUCCUUUUCCAGCACCCACAACACCUGGAGCUGUGGAAACUGGGCGCCACCAGAGCUGUGGGGGGAGACGGGGAAACCUUGCCUGUGUCCAGCCCCCCUGAGCACCUGCUGCAGCUCAAGAACAAGGGCCCUGAGCACCUCCGCAGCAGCUGCAUCUCGCCCUGCGGCACCUGGAUCGCCUACUCCACGGCUUCCCGGCUGUGUCUGUACCGGGUCCAACUGGCUGGGGAGCGCCUCGCUCUGCAGAAGAUUCCCAAGCUGCCAAAGGUGGCCUGCGCAGCUCAGCAGCUCCUGUUCUCGGCGGACUCUACUCGGCUCUUUGUGGCGUCGGAUCGGGGCUCUGUGCACGUUCUCAAGCUCUUGCAGUCGGGGGCCUGGAAGCACCUGCACACCCUCCAGCCCAGCUCAGAAUCCACAGAAGCGGCUCUCCUGCUGGCGGUGAGUGCUGACGGCAGCUGGCUGGCUGUUGCUAGUGGAAGCGGGCAAGUCAGUGUCUUCGACCUGCAAAAGGCCAAGCCUCACUGUGUCGUGCCUGCGUACAGCUGCCCGGUGACUGCCCUGGCCAUUCACCCGGUGACCAACAGUCUUGUUGUGGCCCAUUCGGACCAGCAGGUGUUUGAGUUCAGCAUCCCGGAAAAGGCGUACACCCCCUGGAGCCGGAAGGUGCAGCAGCAGGGGCUCCACCGGGACUGGCUGGAGCGGGAUACGCCCAUCACCCACAUUGCCUUCCACCCUCAGCGGGCCGAUCAGAUCCUGCUCCACGACACGCACAUGUUCUGCCUCCUGGACAAGGCCCUGCCGCUGCCAGAGGACACAGCCGUCUUGUGCAACCAGCCGUCACUGAAGCAGCUGUCCCAGACUGCCCGACGCAGUAGCGCCCACGCCUUCAAGAUCUGCAAGAAAUAUCAGCCCUUGCUGUUUGUGGAUCUGCUGGAUGAGAAGUCAUUGGUGGUGGUAGAGCGGCCCGUAAUGCACAUCAAAGCCCAGCUGCCCCCACCGGUCUUCCAGAAGAAGUUUGGCACGUAAAGGAACCUCCUGGUCACAGGAGUUGCGUGGCAUGAGGGUGGUCUGUACCACAGAACUGCAGCCAUCUGCCUCUCAGCCUUCCUGGUUGCAGGAAACCAGGGCAGCCGUCUCCUGGGUGGGCUGAAACCCGAAGUAGGCGAAGCCGGCUGUCCUCUGAGCCUGGGUCCAGCUCCCCGGCCUCUUCCCUCACCUCUGUCUGCUUCCUUCCCCUGAUGAGUCUCAAACGCUGGAGACUUGGUUGUGACCCCACAAUCGAGGCUGGCAAGAAAACUUCCUGCUGUCCAUGACUGACAGGCGCCAAAACCUUGGCCUCUGGAGGGCCCGGGCCCCUGGGCGAAGAUUGCAGCGGCUGUCCUGGGCAGAAGUUGUGUGCUGAGGGGCCAGCCAGCUUCCACACACAGCCUUCCAGCGCUCCCCGGGAUCUGCUCGCAGGCUGGUCUUGGCCUCCCGCAAUGGAAGGGGGUGCUCGCUCCUCACCCAAAACUGCUGUUCUCCGUUCCUCUGGAAGCCACGCUUCAAAAUAACAAAAACCAACUUCUGGUGGGACAGGAGAUUUGCAGGGGCAGGAUGAAAAGAAACUGGCAAAAUGGCUAGAGCACCUUUGUGGGAGCUGAGGUGAUCAAGACGGAAGUCCAACCGGGACAAUUGGGCGGAAUCUUGAACAUGUGGGCCGCCGUCCAGCUGUGAGCCCCGCCCCAUUAAUUGCCAUUCUUUUUGGGCCGGCUUAGAAUGUAUUUCUAAGGCUACUGUGAAAGUAAUGCCACUUCUCUUACUGUUUUGAACUUUUUGAGCCCUACAUUUUAAAAUGUAACAUUUUCAAAAUUAAAAAAAAAUCAAAGUCCUUAAGGGGAGAAAAGUA